CAAACCAUCUUCACAUUCUGUGUCCCUUCCAUUUACUUAGACAACCAGUACUCAAUCAUGGCUUCCGAGUUUUCCCUAGCAGAGACGCCCAUCGGCAGAUACUUUGCGUCCAUGGCUGAGAUGGGAGUAAUGCGCGUCUUCGUCGAGCACGGCAUCUUCGAUGCCAUUCCAGAUGAGGGUAUCUCUCUCGAAGACCUUGCAACAAAGCUGAAAGUGGAUUACAAACUCAUCGAACGAUUCGCGGCUUUCCUACUUUCCAUCGGCGUGCUGACAUCCCCGGCACCCGGACACGUGGCCCAUUCACCCUCGUCAAAGGCCUUCACAGACCCGCGUGUCGCGCAAUUCUACUCGUAUCUCUUCGACUUCUUCAUGGGGCCGACGACGCGCUGGACAGCCUAUUUCGCAGAGAAUGGGCUCGCCGAGCCGCCGAGAUCGAAUCGGUCGCCGGGUGGGUUCGCGCUGGGUAUGCCUGACAAGACGGCGUACGAGAUCAUGGCGGCUAUUCCAGGUCUAGCGACGAGGAUGAAUGGCGCGAUGGCGAUUGAUGGCGAUAUCCCUGUCACGGGGGUAUACGAUUUCAGCUGGAUCGCUACGUAUGCUGCAGGGGAUGAGAAGAGGGUGCUUAUUGUUGAUGUUGCCGGUGGUAAAGGACAGGCGUUGAAAGACAUUCUAGAGGAGACGCCAGCGAUUCCCGCGGCCAGAUGUGUUCAAAGGUAUAGAAAUCGAGACUUCUCGCGAUACAUCAUUUCGAGGAUGAGCUGACCGAAUGCUAUAGGUGCCCUCGUGUACUAUAUACGUCGCGUUCUGAACGACUGGUCCGACCACGAAGCCCUCCAGAUCCUGAAGAACGUGCGUGCGGCUUGCGCGGAAGAUUCGCGCGUGCUGAUUGCGGAGUACUUGCGUCCCGAACAGCCCAGCGUGUAUACCAGCACCGUCGACAUGUUCAUCCUGAAUAUUGGCGGCAAGGUGCGCAGUGAGAAGACAUUUGGGGAGCUUGCGGCGAAGGCUGGGCUGGAGAUCGUGUCGGUGGCGAGGCAUGACAAAACAGAAUCGGCGGUGGUUGAGCUGGCACUGAUUUAGUAGCUUCGAUACAUCACUUCGCCUGACGCAUCAUCUUUAGAAUCACCAAAGCAGUCAUCGAAGUAUGGAC